AUGGCUAUCAAUAGGCGGGCCAUGAUGAGCAACAAGCCUGCAAAGUUUCAGGCUGAACUCGGGCUUCAUGAGUCCCUCCAGGCCAUCUAUGCACGCUUCUCUUCUCCAAUGAGGGAGCUUGUGGGCUGCUUUACACAUUGUGAGCUGGGUCAAGCCAUGGGUUGGAUUCCAGCUGCUGAUGACAGCAAGCUCAGGGCAAAAGUGAUCCAAGUUGGCAACGAAGCCAAAUCAAAGCAGAAGAAGAUCACCCGCGACCUGGAGGAAGCGGCCCUACGAGCCCUUUGCAUCCCAGAACUCCGCUUACCUCGACACAAACGCUCUGUUUGGAUCGGGGUUAUCCUAGGCGUUGGGGCCAAGAACCAAGGACAACAUGCAUAUGUAGAGCUGGCCGAUCCACCGAUGGAGGUGAAAGUGUACCUGCGCUUGCGCGGCUGCCCGCAGCUGUACAAAGUGAAGGAAGGGGUCACGCUGCUCCCAGCUGAGCUCGAGGCACGCAGCUGGAGGGUAGGUGAGCGCGUCGGGCUGCGCGUGACCAAAGUGCUUCCACCCAAGGACUCGGUCAAGGGCUCAGGGGACGAAACUUCACCCAGCUCCCAAAAGGGUUCGAAAUUCUUGUUCGAGUUUGUGGAGCCAGCGCCCGCCGAACAGUAUGCAGAGCAGAGUCACAAGAUGUGGGCCGAGAUUCAUCUUGGGUCCAGUGCAGGCGUUCUCUAA